AUGGUUCCAUGGCGUCAAUCCGCUUCAUUAAUACUAAUGGGUAAAAAACAAAUCAAUAAUAUACAUGGCCAAAGUCUAUUUGAUUAUUCAACAUUAUUCUUAAAACGUUCACCCAACAUGCGUUUCGCACCGAAUAUUUCAGCAUUUCCCGGUGGUAAACUUGAUCAAUGUGAUUUAUCAUUGGAAUGGCCUAAAUAUCUUUCGUCUUCGAUCAAUAUUGAUCGAUUUUCUAAGAGAAAAGCUGAUAUUUAUAAAGAUGUUGAUCAUCCUUAUCCUGGUCUUGUUUUUCGUCUUUGUGCUAUUCGUGAAACAUUCGAAGAGACUGGUCUUCUACUUGCGAAAUCACGUACAUCAUCUAAUUCUGAACACUCUUCCAUGUUAAAUCUAUCAAACGAACUCAUCAAUAAAUGGCGUGAUAGAAUUCGUCAUGAUGCAUCACAGUUUAUUGUUAUGUGCAAAGAAAUCGACAUUGAACCUGCUGUUCAUUCAUUGUUCGAAUGGAGUCAAUAUUUGGCUGCUGCGAUAGCAAAAGUACGUUUUGAUACUAUUUUCUAUAUAGUAACAUUACCAAACACAUAUCCAUGUUCAAUUGCUCAUGAUGAUCAUGAAACAGUUUCUGCUGAUUGGUUAGAACCUGAUAUUGCAGUGAGAAAAUAUCGUGAAAAUUCAAUAAGCUUUUUGCCACCACAAAUCUACGAAUUAGCUCGUCUAGGAAAUUUUCGAAAACUAUCAGAUUUAAUUGAAUUUCUAUCAAAAUGUGAUAAUGAUUCUAAACAUCAUAUUCAACGAAUCUUAGGCAUAUGUUAUAAACUACCAGAAGCAAUGGUGUUACUUAUGCCUGGCGAUGAGCAUUAUCCAUUAGACGCAUCAUUUACAACUCCUGUUCUAUCAACAAAUCAAACAUUAAAAGAUUUUGAUAGUAAAAUACAAAAUCGAUUAGUUAUGAUGAAUAAAGGAGAUAAUCGAAAAUGGGAAGUUCAUUGCAAAGAUACGGAUAACACUGAAAAAGACCAAUUAUAUAUUAAACCACUGUUGGAUGGUUGGGAAAAACUAUGA